CUAAAGUUUUCCAUCAUAUUGCACGCGUCUAAAUUGUUCAUUUCCGUACUUGACAUUGUCGCCAAUCCUUGGACGAGACCUACGUUCAAAAUGUCACUUAAAUCAAAAGAGAAAUCAUUCUGGAGUAUGGUUAUCAAACCAGGCAUCAAAUACACGUUCACUGUUGAACAUUCCUUCCAUAUCUCCAAGGCCGUCAUCGAUUAUACUUCACGACCUCACGACUCGUGCGGAAUUUACAUUCACAGUGCGAUGACCAGCCUUUUAGUGGAUCAUGGGGACCAGCAAGGAAUCACCUUGUGCAAUCUCCAUAUGCAAGACAAUAAGAAAGUCUUAAAGCCGGAAGCUGACCUUGACGUGUACUUUAUGGCUGGACAGACCAUUGCACUGUACUCUGCCAAAAUUCAUCCAGAUGAAGUGACAAAUAAUCUUUAUAAAGAGCUGACUAUUCACUUGUCUGGUUAUCAGCUGUAAUGAACUGUGAGCUAUUUGAA